GCUCUCGACCGAGGAACCCUCGGCCAUUCGCUAGCAAACACGCAACAGCAGGCUAUUUCUCGAGCCUGUGACGGUAAGCUUGCAUCGUUACGUCUUUGUUUUCUUUUCCAUCCUUUGGAGACCUACCUUCUCCCUUCUCUUUUCCCUACAAACCCUCACGCACGACACUUGGGAUGUUUGGUCUCCGAGCCCGCAUCAUCUCCUCCCCGCUAAGCCGCCCACGCAUUACUAUCCCUUCGACGAUUGCGAAGUCCAGAAUGGCUCCUGCGCGCAAGAGCAGUUCGCUGCCGGAAGGCUACAGGGAGGAUGCGUCCAAGGGUCCCAUGCUGCGCUUCGAGGACUCGCUGCCACGUCUGCCCGUUCCCACCCUCGAGGAGACAGCCAAGCGCUACCUGAGAUCGGUGCACCCUCUUCUUAGCAAGUCAGAGUACGCACAAACCGAGAAGGCCGUCAACGACUUCAUCUCUCCCGACAGCCUUGGUCAAACUCUCCAGAAGCGUCUGAUCGCAAGAAGAGAGACACCCGACAUCAAGAACUGGAUUCACGAGUGGUGGAACAACGCUGCCUACCUUGGCUACCGUGACCCCGUCGUACCUUACGUCUCAUACUUCUACAGUCACCGCGAUGACCGCAAGAGAAGAGACCCCGCCAAGAGAGCCGCUGCCAUCACAUCGUCUGUCCUUGACUUCCGAAAGCAAGUCGUGGAGGGCACCCUCGAGCCCGAGUACAUGAAGAAGCUGCCUAUUGCCAUGAGCAGUUAUGAGUACAUGUUCAACUGCUGUCGUAUCCCCGCUAAGCCCGCCGACUACCCCAAGCAGUACGCUCCCAACGACCACAAGUACAUUACUGUUGUUCGCAAGAACCAGUUCUUCAAGGUUUUCCACGAGGUCAAUGGCAAGGAGCUCACAACAAAGGAAUUGGAGCAGCAGUUCCUCCGCAUCUACCAAUUGGCCGAGGACACUCCUGCUGUUGGUGUCAUGACCACCGAGAACAGAGACACCUGGACUGAGAUGCGCGAUGCCUUGAUCGCUCAGAACCCUGCCAACGAGGCCGCCCUCCAAACCAUCGAGGCUUCAUCCUUCGUCGUCUGCCUGGACGAGGCCAAGCCUGUAACACUCGAAGAGCGUGCACACCAAUACUGGCACGGCAACGGUGCCAACCGCUUCUUCGACAAGCCCCUCCAGUUCAUCAUCAACGACAACGGAACCUCAGGUUUCAUGGGCGAGCACAGUAUGAUGGAUGGCACACCCACCCACCGUCUGAACGAUUACAUCAACAUGCUCAUCUUCAACAACAAGCUCGACUACGAGAAUCCCUCAGUCCGUAGCAACCUCCCCGAACCCACUCCCAUCCGCUUCGACCUCUCUCCCUCAAACAUUGAAGAUAUUGGUCGCGCUCAAUCACACUUCACAAAGGUCAUCGGCGAGCACGAGCUCAAGGUACAAGCAUACCAAGGCUACGGAAAGGGCUUGAUCAAGAAGUUCAAGUGCAGUCCCGACGCAUACGUCCAGAUGAUCAUUCAACUCGCCUACCACAAGUUCUACGGCAAGAACAGACCUACCUACGAAUCAGCUGCCACCCGCCGCUUCCAACAGGGACGUACUGAGACAUGCCGUACCGUCAGCGAGGAAUCUGUCGCCUUCACGGAUGCCAUGGCAAGCCCUGACGCCACACCUGAAGAAUGCAGACAAAAGCUGCAGGCCGCCAUCAAGCAGCACGUCGCCUACAUCUCCGACGCCUCCGACGGCAAGGGUGUCGAUCGCCACCUCUUCGGUCUCAAGAAGUUGCUCAAGGAAGGCGAACAACUUCCCUCCAUCUUCAGCGACCCUGCUUUCUCAUACUCAUCUUCCUGGUUCAUUUCUUCUUCUCAACUAUCCUCCGAGUACUUCAACGGCUACGGCUGGAGCCAAGUCAUCGACGAGGGCUGGGGUAUCGCCUACAUGAUCAACGAGAACAGCUUGCAGUUCAACAUUGUAUCCAAGAAGUUGGGCUCCGAGCGUAUGAGCCACUACAUCAACGAGGCCGCCGAGGAGAUGAAGGAACUCAUGCUUCCUUCCAUCGAGACCAAGGCCAAGCUUUAGAAACACUAUUCUUCUGGGGAUGGUAGAGGAAGUAAGAAGGGUAUUUGGGACGACAGAGGUCGUUUGGGACAUUUGGCCCCCGGACGUCUUAGACCGCCGAUUGUUGUUUAUCGCACGCAUGCAAGCAUUGUAGCAGCUGGAUAGGCUAGAUUCUUUAUUUUCCUCUUGCAAGCAGCAAAGCAUAUGAAAGUUCUUGUUUAACGACCAA